UUUACUUGUAGCGACGUUAAAAUAAUACUUUUUCUUUCAUUGAUUAUCGAAGUUUUAGAAGGUUGCCCUCUAGUCGCCAACAGUACGUGACCUUAUAAAGAGACAAUAUAAAGUUUUCAUCAAAGAAGUAAAAAGCUUUCAGAAAAUGUGUUUGAAAUUUUGCUUCGUUUUUCUGAUAUUCAGAUGUUUGUCAACUACCUUAUACUCAGGAGAGGUUGUUUCCACAAACGUACCUACUACAGCAAAAGGUAAGCCAUACUGUCAUAACUGUUUCGGACACGGAAUAAAAACAAAACCUGAUCCACGCUGCAAAUUUGGAUGCCAACGAAUGGUCACUAAUGCGAAAUUCGCAACGUAUCCAACCAAAGUUUACCUUUUGUACGACGAAGUCAAUUACCAGCAUAGUGCAAAACAAGAAAAGAAAGUCGGGAAAAUGACGAAAAAGGUUACUCAUCACAGUUACGCCCUUAUAUUUUCUAUUAGUUUGUUUACUGUACUCAUUGUUUUUAUUAUCGCUAUUGCAGUGGUUUUGUUUAAUCGCAAACGAAAUGAAGAAAAGUUUGUCCAUGCUGUCUACAGAAAUCCUAUCGCCAUUAUAGACAAAGCAUAGGAAGACUCAUUAGGGCCAUGUUACAUCUGUAACCUGACACUUUUGGUUUAAAUGUAAGAUGAUUACAGAUGUUGUAUACAUAGUAAACAUUUGCAAGGAGUGAUUAUCAGAUUAUGUGUACCGUAAUAUUUCUAUAUAUAGCUGUGUUAUAUUUACGGCAAGUAAACCGCUUUAGGAAAUAUAAAAGAGGUAUGCAUAGAUUUAUGAAACCACAUAUUAAAUAUUCAUAUUACAUAUUCUAUUUUUCAAAAGUUAUUUCUGUUGAAAAAGUGCUCAAUACCAACAAAGAUGAAGUAGAGAGAUGUUAAAAUUCAAUAUUGAAUUUUAUUAUAUAUUCUAUAAAAAAGAUAAGCGUUUAAUCUUUGAUUUUGGUAGCCCGGGAGCAAACAUUUAAAAUUUGUCGUAAAAAUAGUUAAUACUUAUUUUUUUAAAUUUGUUAUCCAAAGAACAUAAACAAUAUGGUUUCAACUUUGUU